GUCGGCGCUGCGUAAGAAGAGCCGCGAAAAAUGGCGUCCGGUGACAUUAGCUGAUUUCCGCGGGUAACUCCGAUGUCAAUGAGGAGGAGGAGGAUGAUUUCUCAAAUUUUCCGACGUUCUCGCCCUUGACCGAAGUGAAUUAACUGGCGAUCAUCAAUAUGACUCCGCCGUUGAAUCGAAAACGCGGCUCGUCUGUCAGCUUUACAAGAGCAAAAGACGAUGGCGAUGACGCCGAAGACGAGAUUCACAUAUCUCUGGCACCAUAUAUACAGACGUACCUGGCACACAGUAGUCAGGGAUUGGGAUGCUGUGGUAUUAGUUUACCCGUGCCGUUCGAACGGGCAGCACCACGAUCCUGGUGGAAUCCGAGAUUCGACUCGGAAAUCCUCGAAGAACAGUAUAGGAGAAGUGCCUUUCCUCAAAUUAGAUUAAGAUUUCGGUACGCUCUCACAUAUAUCUUGCUGGUGUCCUUAUCUUGGUUGGCGUAUUUUGUGAUAAUCGGAAUCGAGAACAAAACAUCGACGUGGCCUGCAAUAGCAGCCGUUCUUAGUAUCGUCGGCGUCAUGAUGGCGGCGGUGCUCUAUUUAACAUAUACAGAUUACUACAAUUCCUACGUACUACCGACCUCUUUGGGAGUCGCGUUCAUGCUUUGUUUCCUGUCCUUAUUCUUCCUUGCCAUGAUACCGCCUUACGUGGAUGGAUUGACUUUGGUCGGACACUUCGCCCUGUGCUCAGAGAUCUUAUUAGUUAUUUAUACGGUGCUGCCGAUGCCGCUCUAUGUCUGCGUGGCGAUAUCCACGGUUUACUCAUUCAUGUUUGAGUUAUUGACUGCCUAUUUGUACGGCUCGAAAGACGCGAGAGAAAGAUUCUAUGGCAAACGAGUUGUACGAAAUAACUUCUUAGAAAGAAACGCGACGGUAGAGCACGAGAAAACGAUGGUACCUAUGCACUCAUCUCAAAAGGAUUCUCUAACUAUUGCUGGUCUACAGAAUGUGAUACGUAAUAUUAGUGAUUUUACUACAGUUAGCACAGAGACAAUAUCGACGAUGCACGAAGCGAGAAGUAUGGGGCCGAGAUCCUUGGAGCAGGAAACACUGACUCGACGAUUGUACGGAUUUUUGGCAGACUCGGAUAUCUCAACGAGAUUCAAUUCCAGCAUCCCGUCGACGAUGGCCGCGGUUAAUUCCACUAUAAAUGCGUCGACCGUGAAUGUUAUUAGCAAUAACAUCGGCUCGGCUGACCAUAUCAGCAAUAAUUUACUCUCCGAUGAUAUUGAUUUCUCAACGAAUCUCACGAUACGGAUUCUCAUGCAAAUCUGUAUUCAUUUGAUAGGCAUACAUAUCUUGAUAAUGACUUUCGUGAGAAUGCGCGGUACCUUUAUGAAAGUCGGCCAGUCUCUGCUGGUCCGUCGACAAUUGGAGAUGGAGAAGCAACUGAAGGAAAAGAUGAUACACUCCGUGAUGCCGCCGAAAGUCGCGGACUGGCUGAUGGAGGAGAGCGAGCGUGAAAGAGAACGAGAAGAUUCGUUGAAGAAGGGCUCGAUACCGUCCAAUAACACAGACAUCCGCUCGUUAUUUCGCCCGUUCAACAUGCACUCGAUGGAGGACGUUAGUAUCUUGUUCGCCGAUAUCGUCGGCUUUACCAGGAUGAGCUCGAACAAGACCGCGGAGGAACUGGUGGGCAUCCUGAAUGAUCUCUUCGAACGUUUCGAUGAUCUCUGUGAACAUCACGGAUGUGAGAAGAUAUCUACGCUGGGCGACUGCUACUACUGUGUGAGCGGAUGUCCUGAGCCGAGAUUUGAUCAUGCAAAGUGUUGUAUAGAAAUGGGCUUAGCUAUGAUCGAGGCGAUAAAACAAUUUGAUAUCGAAAGAAAGGAAGGUGUGAACAUGAGGGUGGGCGUGCACACGGGCACCGUACUCUGCGGGAUCGUAGGCACGAAGAGAUUCAAGUUCGAUGUCUGGUCGAACGAUGUAACAUUGGCGAAUAAGCUCGAGAGCACAGGAAAACCCGGCCGUGUGCAUUUGAGUGAGAAUACUUUGAGAUUUUUGGAUGACCAGUAUAUCACGGAGGAGGGAGAACUAGUCAAUGGCGUUAAAACUUAUUUCAUUAGAGCCCGCAAAUCGGACUUUAUGAAUCAAUUUAUUACGAACAUUACGUCACCUAAAAGUAUCUCGCCGUUAAUGCAGUCGCGUAGCCGUCUGGCAUCGUGCAAUACUCAGGUUAAGCCACGCCAUCAUUAUCUCCAUAUGGUCACCAAUGCAAGUAACUACAGGAUGAAAGCCAAUUCUUUGCCGAGUAUCCUGGAUUCCGAGAACGGCGGCGACACUAUAGACGAAAAAGAGGACUCGAACAAAAGCCCGACGUCCACCGCUAGUUACGGCAAAAAGAAAGUGCGGAACAAACCGUGGAAGUAUUUGCAGAGGCAACGAACGACCGAGGAGAUGAUACCGCUGGAGAUAGAGGAAGGAAGAAACAUCGCUAUGGGACGAACGAAACCUGAAAUUCAGACGUAUGAGGAAUGCAAUGGAUUUAGACGAAUUCCUUUUACCAAUGGCGUCGAGAUGGAUCCGAAUCCUGUACCUUCUAGUCCUUUGUUAUCUGGUCAGGAACCGAUUAGUCACGCUUCUUCCAUAUGUAGUAGGAAAGAUUCUGGCAUUAAAAGCAACAGCAGGCGAAGUAGCAUACAACAGCAGUUGUUCCUAAUGAACGGCAUGGCCCAAGGUGAUUUACUAGGACACAGGGUCAGUGGCUAUUAUACUUCUAGUUCAACGUUAAAUUCUACUCACGAGCCUUCGUCGUCGGUACCUCCUUACCCGUUUCCACCGAUGGUAACGGAUACAUUCGGCGCAUGCUUUCAUAAACUACGGAAGCAAUCUGAUCUCCAGUUGAUUAGGUGUGUCCAAGACAACGUGAGUUCUCAACGCUCGUACUUCGUUAAGCCGCCGCUCUCCAGCGUUACUCUUUUCUUCAAAAACAAGGAGAUGGAGAAGGAAUAUCGAGAGAAUGCGCACAAAGCUAGCGAUGGUAUUGGCGGUAAUCCACCCACACUGGCUACCUCGCGGUUCAACACGUAUUUUGAUAUUCUGAUAUCCGCCCUGGUGUACACGGCCAUCACGAUCUCGCUUUUCCUGCUCUGCAAGCCGACAACUCACUACAUGGUGUUCUCGGUGGUUGCCAUCGCCGUUCAGAUAAUAGCAGUGUCUCUCUGCAUCAGACAGCUUCUCUAUCCCAACACCACUCAUGCGACGUUCACGCAGAGGAUAUUUAAGUUCUUUUCCCGUUGGUAUCCGUGGCAUGUGUGCGGCGCGGUCCUGGUCGGUCUACCGAUCAUCUCCAUCUUGCUCAACUUCACGUGCAACAGCUUUAAAAGUCUCAGCAAUUUCGAGUACUACUACAGCUAUCUCAUCCUCGUCGGGUUAGUCCACUUUUGCAACUUCACGCAGCUGAAUUGCUGGAUGAAGAAUCUUCUGGUCACACUUAGCGGCAUAUUAUUUAUAUGUCUCGUGGUAAGUCACAUAUCGUACCAUCAAGAGAAUCUUGGCAGCACUGGUAACGUUCACAGUAGUAAUAACUCAUUAGCGCAGCUGAGCGCGCUACAUCCGAAUAUCCUGAAACCGCUUGCGAGCGAACAGAGUAGUUUAAAGAACGGGACGUUUUCGAGCUCUAUGAGAGAUUUUCUCGACACCACGAGAACGCUUGCGUCGAGCGUGAAGCGUAUGGAACGUCGAUACGAGACGUUGUUUGCGACUUUGGGAGAAGCAUACACUCGAUACAACGAAAGAUUGUACAAUUCCGAGAUAUAUCUGGACAUGGUGCUGCUGUUGCUGCUGGUCUGGUUCUUGAAUCGCGAGUUUGAAAUUAGCUAUCGGCUGUGCUUUCACGGUAACGCGGUGGCGGCGCGCGACAAGACGCGCGUGCAGUCGAUGAAGAAUCAGGCCGACUGGCUGCUGCACAACAUCAUUCCUAAAUACGUGGCCGACCAGUUGAAGACCACCGCCAAAUACUCGCAGAAUCAUAAGUCCGUAGGCAUCAUCUUCGCCAGCAUCGUGAACUUCAACGAACUGUACGACGAGUCAUAUCUAGGUGGUAAGGAAUAUCUGCGCGUGCUCAAUGAGCUUAUAGGCGACUUUGACGAGCUGCUAGAGAAACCGGAGUUUGCGAAUGUCGAAAAGAUUAAGACGAUCGGCAGCACCUUCAUGGCAGCGAGCGGCCUGAAUCCACAGGUGAGAGAACAGAGCGAGCAUGAGUACACGCACCUGUUUCAACUGCUGGACUUCGCCGUGGCGAUGCACAAGGUGAUCUACGAUUUUAAUCGGGACCUGUUGGGUUUCAAGCUGAUCUUACGAGUGGGUUACAAUUACGGCGACGUCACGGCCGGCGUGAUCGGUGCCACGAAGUUGUAUUACGAUAUCUGGGGCGACGCGGUCAACAUAGCGUCGCGGAUGGACUCCACCGGGGUCGCCGGCAGGAUACAGAUGGCCAGCGAUUGCUUGGGCGUUCUGUCGGAGCUCUAUGAAUUCGAGCCACGUGGACAGGUGUACGUUAAGGGCAAGGAUAACAUGGAUGUUUUCCUGCUGAUAAGUAAGAAGGAGAAUGCCAGCGCUUGAAGAUUCAACGUGCCAAUUACGUGCGACACACAUGUCGAAGAUCUGACACAGCGAUUGUUUAGCGUUUAGAUUAUUAUCAGUCGACUCGUGUCGAAAUAUAUUGAUGUUGAAGAGAUGCAUACGUGUGAAAGUGGUGAGCAAAAGGAGUGGUAUGUUUCUCAUGGAUCACAGUAGCUACAUAGGCGCUACUGGAAGCGUACUCGCCUUAUUCGUUGACUGCUCAAAUUCUGCUAAAACAAGAGAUAUUUAUUAACUAGAGAUGUUUAUUGUAUUUUUGUAAAUACGUCGCGCGAACGGUGUAACGAAACGGAAUCUAUCACGGGAUUAUUUUUCCCGAAUAUACGAACGACGCUGCCUGGAGACGAGCAACCCAGCAUGAUAUAAUAUAAAGGGAGAGAACUUGUCGCGUGGCAUUCUAUAUUGAUAUUCUAAGGGUAACAGCGAGCUGUAUCGCGCGUGAUAAAAGUCAACGAAACUCGAAUACCCCGCGUUAUGUGUUAAGGUUCCUGGAUACCUUCUAUCUCUCUUUUUUUAAUGACGUCAGAAGCGAGAAAAUGCAUACUAAAAAUUCUUGCGAAAUACUUUGAGAUAACAAGAUAUAUCCACAAAAUAACACUUGUGAUCGAUUGAGAAGACCUCUAAAAUAUUUCGUACACACUUUCCUUUUGCUCUAACAAUUAAUAAGUAAUCGUAAAAUUAAUAUGACAGAAUAAUAAAGAAAUUAGAUUAAAGAAAGAAGAUCACGUUAAUUUUAUGAUUAUUUAUUAAUUGUUAAAGCAAAAGGGAAAUGUUCGGAGGAAAAUGAUGCGAGUACUCAGGAGCCUUAAAUCAAUUUUAGAGAGUAAUAUAAAAAGUAAAUUUUACACGGUCUCUCGUCUUCCUGUCUGAUAUUGCGACAUGUAUAAUACGUAACCGAAGUAAAACGACGAACGUUGUUGCAGAUGUCGCUCGAGGAUUAAUUAAUCUACGGAUGAAAGCGAGUAAUACGUGAAAUUAUUAUUAAAUAUCGAAUUAAUGAGAUGAAAAACUAACAUAUAUUAGCAUAAAAUUAUGUAACGUGCGUCUCGAAGUGCUUACAAAUGAUGAAAGAUAAUUUUACCAAAGAACAAUAAGCUUAACGCGAUUCAGGCCACGAACGUAUGUACAUAGAAAUGCAGAUUAUGCUUAAGAUUUGUUGCUGUAGAAACGAUGCACGUGGAUGGAACCAAUUGCGUAUACACAUAUGCAUGGAAACACAAUUGCGUAUACACAUUCCAAGCGCAGCUCGUGACGAGCAGGCUCGUCGCGGAUACGCUCGAAUCGACAUUGCCGUUGAUUAACGUCCGCAAAGUGCCGCCAAGUUCAUCGCUGAUUAAUUAAGCGUCCCCGUUAUCCGGACAAACCUGCUAUGUCGGAUUCCAAAGAGUAUCUUACUGCAUUUUCUCUGUUUUUUUUUUUAACUUUACGAUAAGCGAUAACUGCGCGCGUUCGAUGGGAUUCACAUACACUGUAGGCGAUAGUAUUUAUAUAUGUGUUGUAUAUAUUCUAGAGAUUUCGAGAAUUUAUUCGAAAGAAUAUAAAAAGGAGCUGUAUGCUUAUAUAUGCGAUAUAAUGGUGCAAUAAAAAUUCGAUCUGGAUUGCACGGCAUUGUACAUUUUGCGUUGACGUACUUGCACGAAAAAUAAGCUCUGAUCGUGGUUGUAAUCUUAAAUAAUCGUUAAUUCAAUGAAAUAUUGUUAGACGUGACAACAAGUAAAACGUUACGUACAGUAAAGGAAUGAGCGAUCAGGCAAGCAAUUCCAAAAUUUUUUUUUUAAAUACACUAAUAUAUUUAUGACUUUUGUUGGAAACGAAAUAUUUUUAGAGAAAGAAGGGAGGAGAAUUACAUCGUUGUGGUGCUAUAUAGAAAUUUCUUAAAUGUAUUACUUCGACAUUUCACACGUUAUGAAAUUAUAUAAAACAUUUCUACGAAGGUCAUGGUCAAAAAGUAAAUUUUUGCGUUGGAGCGGACGAGGUGACUAGCUCGCACCAAGAAAACAUAAAUACGAUGUGAUCUGUAUAUAAUAAUAUAUAUUACAGAUUAUAUAUAUUCGCCGAUUGUGUACCGAGUGGAGGUCACGUACACAUGUUACGAGAUAUCAAAUAAAUAUAUAUUGUAAACUGUAUAUUUAUAUAUCGAACAUAUAUAUAUACACACAAAUCUUAUGGACAACGAGAGAGACUCUAGGCUAUAUUGACGUGUAUGUCAUUAUUGUCAAUGCAAUUUCUUUAUUACAAUAUAAUAUAUACAA